GUGAUUUGAAGAAAUGGCAGUGUUUUUAUCUAGUGCGUGGGCUAAUCGGCGGCAACAGACAGUUGUACCUAGUGUGUACCUAGGAGCGACCUAACUCAGUCGGCUUUCUGUUGCCGGUUCGUAAGCUAGUGUUCGCGCGUUGUUAUAAGCAUGAAAUUAUAAUGGCCGGAAGAAUGCUAAAAUUUAUUCGUGGCAAAGGCCAGCAGCCCUCUGCAGAGAGGCAGAAACUACAAAAUGAACUAUUCGCAUUUCGCAAGACCGUCCAACACGGGUUUCCACACAGAUCAUCGGCGCUGGCAUGGGACCCCCUGCUGCGUCUCGCAGCCAUCGGCACCGCCACCGGCGCCCUCAAGGUGUACGGUCGGCCCGGCGUCGAGCUGUACGGGCAGCACACCAACCCGGAUACUGCGGUCACACAGAUUCAUUUCAUACCAGGCACUGGCCGUUUAAUAUCACUAUGCGACGACAACAGCCUACACUUAUGGGAAAUCAACGAAAAAUCUCUGGUAGAGCUGAAAACACACGCGUUCGAAGGCAAGAACAAGAAGGUUUCCUCUCUAUGUGUGGAGGCGUCUGGAAAGAACCUCCUACUAGGCACAGAAGGCGGCAACCUGUACUCCCUCGAUUUAAACACAUUCACAGUUAAUGAGGACGCCAUAUAUCAAGAUAUUGUCAUGCAAAAUUGUCCAGAAGACUUUAAAGUGAACCCUGGCGCUGUGGAAGCAGUGUGCGAACACCCCAAAGUGCCGUCGAAGCUUCUGAUAGGCUACAACCGCGGGCUUGUGGUGCUAUGGGACCGCGGUACUUCAUCACCCACACACACUUUUGUCUCAAACCAGCAGUUAGAAAGCUUAUGUUGGAACGACGACGGCGAACACUUCACAUCUUCCCACAACGAUGGCUCAUACGUGACAUGGGAGGUAGCAGCUGCGGCCAGCGAACGGCCUCUAAAGGAACCGGUCACACCGUACGGCCCGUACCCGUGUAAAGCCAUUUCCAAGAUCCUGAAUCGCACUAGUGUUGACGGCGAGGAGAUUAUUAUAUACGCCGGUGGUAUGCCGAGAGCGUCAUAUGCGGACAAAUACACGGUCACAGUGCAGCAGGGCGAGAAGCACGUUGCUUUCGAUUUCACCAGUCGAGUAAUAGAUUUCUUCACAACGACACCGGUGCCACCGGACGGCGUGCCCCUACAAGAGGAGAGGCCGAACACUCCUGCGCAGAUAGUGUUGCAAACAGUCAACCAAGUUGCCGCUGCGCUGGUAGUGUUAGCCGAGGAAGAAUUGGUGGUGCUAGACCUAUGCGAUGCUAAAUGGCGUCCGGUGCGUCUCCCGUACUUGGUGUCGGUGCACGCGUCCGCCGUCACCACCGCGCAGCUCGUCGACAACGUGGCCGCCACCGUGUACGACGCGAUACUGGCCGCCGGCCAAAAGCAGACUGAGAACGUGUACUCAGAAUGCCCGUGGCCCAUAUCCGGGGGUCAAGUGGAGUCUAGCGACGUGACCGCACGUCAAGUACUACUCACGGGUCACGAGGACGGCUCCGUUAGAUUCUGGGAUGUUUCCGGAGUUACUAUGACUGCGCUCUACAAGUACACCACCGCGCCUUUAUUCAGUGGUGAAGAGAUAUGCGAGAAUAACGACAGUCAAAACGAAGAGGAGGAAUGGCCCCCAUUCAGACGGGUCGGCUCUUUCGAUCCCUACAGCGACGAUCCGCGACUGGCCGUCAAAAGAGUGGUCUUGUGUCCCUUAUCGGGCAUGCUAACAGUCGGAGGUGCAGCUGGUCACAUCGUCAUUGCCAGUUUAAAGAACACACCCAACACGAGCGAAGUCAAAUCAGUGUCUGUGAACAUCGUGUCAGACCGAGAUGGUUUCGUGUGGAAGGGUCACGACCAGCUAACCCUCCGAUCUGGCGCACUCACAUUCCCUCAAGGUUAUCAGGCCACGUCGGUAGUGCAGCUGUCGCCGCCGGCAGCGGUGACGUCACUGGCGGCACAAUGGGAAUGGGGCGUGGUCUGCGCCGGCACCGCCCACGGGCUCGCCCUUCUGGACGCGCUGCAUGCCGCCCCGCUGCUGCACAAGUGUACGCUCAACCCGCAUGAUCAUUCCGGUGCUGGUGACACUCCCAUAUCAAGGAGGAAAUCCUUCAAGAAAUCUCUACGAGAAUCAUUCAGAAGACUACGAAAAGGCAGAUCGCAACGGCGACAGACAACCACAUCCAGCCCCACAUCACCACAACCCGCCGCAAAGAAACCCGACAAGACACCAUCAGAAGCCGACGUGGAAGUGAAACCCAUUGAGCGAGCAGUGGAAGCGAGGUCGACGGACGAUGCUUUCGGUUCUAUGGUCCGCUGUUUAUACUUCGCGAGAACCUUCCUUAUUAACACACAAAGUUCGACACCGACGUUAUGGGCGGGUACCAAUAACGGCACAGUUUUCGCCUUCACGAUACACGUGCCAAAUGCUAACAAAAGGAAAGAGGAGCAGCUUACCUGUCAAUUAGCGAAAGAAAUCCAAUUGAAACACAGAGCGCCUGUGAUAGGCAUCACGGUGUUAGACGGAGCGUCGGUACCACUGCCUGACCCAUUGGAGGUGGAACGCGGAGUAUCCCCAUUGCCCGAGGCGGGUCCUCAACGCGUUGUGAUCACGUCCGAGGAACAGUUCAAGGUGUUCACUCUGCCCGCGCUCAAGCCGCACCAUAAGUACAAGCUUACCGCGCACGAGGGCGCCAGGGUUCGGCGCACGGCGUUCGCUUACUUCGAAUGCGGUCCGGAGAACGCUCUGCAUCGCGAAUGGUGCUUGCUGUGCCUCACCAACCUGGGCGACUGCCUCGUGCUCAGCCCCGAGCUGCGGCGCCAGCUCAACGCCGCCGCCGUACGCAAGGAGGACAUCAACGGCAUUUCAAGUCUAUGCUUCUCGAAGCGCGGUGAAGCUCUCUACCUGCACUCGUCGUCGGAGCUACAGAGGAUCACGCUCUCUGCAACGAAGGUAACAGUGGCACAGUGUCACGUGAUCUUGUCGCCGUGGGCGGCAGCGCUGCGCGGGCCCGAAGAACCGCCGCUGACUAACGGAGACCACAGGCCGGAAGAAGUUCCGGAGACCGCGCACGACGUGACAGCCGCGUCGGCCGACAUCACCGUGGAUUCUGUCCGCGAUCACACCAACGCUCAAGAACAGCCGCCGGAGCUCAAUAUCAACCUUCAGAACUCGCAAGUGAACACCAGCUCGAUGGUGGUGAAGACCACCACACGGACGACCAUCAACGAGAACAACGUGGACGCGACCGCCGCCACAACCACCACCACUUCCACCACUACAAAUAACACCAUUAGCUCCGAGAACAUCCUAGAGCACAGUCGCGAGGAGGGAGUCAUCACCCGCAUCGAGACGGGUACAGUGACGGUGCCGGCCGGGACAGACCCGAAGCUCAUCCUGGAAAUGUUUGACCGGCAGAGGUCGCCACUCAGCGUGCCUGUACCGCCACCUCCCACCGAAACACAAUAGCCCCCAAACAACACAUUUCCCCCCUUACAAAUACACCACCGACGUACAGCGUGAGAAGUUGGCCAUUUGCCACUUACGGGCGAGAGUCGCUUGAACUCCAUCUCGAUAAUAUUAGGAAGUCCUAUGAAACAUCACGACCGCGUGGAACUUCUUAUCGCCCUUAUGUGAUUGAACACGAACUUCUUAUACUAUAUCAUUUACAAACAGUACUCUGCACCGAGCUGUAAAGCUUGAGACAUCGUUUAAAUAAUACGCAUGUAUCGUUUUUUUACUGUAACAUUGUAUUGACAGCUAAAUGUACAGUCAUCAAUACGAAUAGAGUACGAAAAGAUCAAUUUGCUAAAUUAUUGUUGUUCGAGUAUAUCAAUAUUUUUGUCACUCAACAUAAUCAUAAUCACCGUUCCGCCG